ACCACGCCUCUGAGAGGAAGGGGAAGUCUCAGAAGUAUUUUCAGUUUAUGACAGAAGGGCAAAAACGUUGACUGCCUCAAGGUCUCAAGCACCAGUCUUCACCGCAGAAAGCAUGUUGUGGCUGUUCCAGUUGCUCCUGUUUGUCUUCUGCUUUGGCCCAGGGAAUGUAGUUUCACAAAGCAGCUCAACCCCAUUGAUGGUGAACGGGAUUCUGGGGGAGUCAGUAACUCUUCCCCUGGAGUUUCCUGCAGGAGAGAAGGUCAACUCCAUCACUUGGCUUUGCAAUGGAACAUCUCUUGCCUUCAUAGUACCUCAUGAAACCAAAAGUCCAGAAAUCCACAUGACUAAUCCGAAACAGGGAAAGCGACUGCACUUCACCCAGUCCUACUCCCUGCAACUCAGCAACCUGGAGAUGGAAGACACAGGCUUUUACAGUGCCCAGAUAGCCACAGACACCUCUGCAAAGCUGUCCAGUUACACUCUCAGGAUAUUAAGACAACUGAGGAACAUACAAGUUACCAAUCACAGUCAGCUAUUUCAGAAUAGGACCUGUGAGCUCCAGCUGACUUGCUCUGUGGAGGAUGCAGAUGACAAUGUCUCAUUCAGAUGGGAGGCCUUGGGAAACACACUUUCAAGUCAGCCAAACCUCACUAUCUCCUGGGACCUCAGGAUUUCCAGUGAACAGGACUACACCUGCAUAGCAGAGAAUGCUGUCAGUAAUUUAUCCUUCUCUGUCUCUGCCCAGAAGCUUUGCAGAGAUGUUAAAAUUCAAUAUACAGAUACCAAAAUGAUUCUGAUUGUGGUUUCUGGGAUAUGCAUAGUCACCAUUUUCAUCAUACUGCUGUUACUUGUUUUGAGGAAAAGAAGAGAUUCCCUACAUUUGUCUACUCAGCGAACACAGGGCCCUGCAGAGUCCGCAGGGAACAUAGAGUAUGUUUCAGUCUCUCCAACGAACAACACUGUGUAUGCUUCAGUCACUCAUUCAAACAGGGAAACAGAAAUCUGGACACCUAUAGAAAAUGAUACCAUCACAAUUUACUCCACAAUUAAUCAUUCCAAAGAGAGUAAACCCACUUUUUCCAGGGCAACUGCCCUUGACAAUGUCGUGUAAGUUGCUGAAAGGCCUCUAAGGAAUUCAGGAAUGACACAUCUUCUGAUCCCAUGAGAGAGAACAAAGAACAGGAAGCUUGGUUCCUGUUGUUCCUGGCAACAGAAUUUGAAUAUCUAGGAUAGGAUGAUCACCUCCAGUCCUUCGGAUUCAAACCUGCCUACCUGAGUCAAACACCUAAGGACAACAUCAUUUCUAGCAUGUGGUUCAAAUAAUAUUUUCCAAUCCACUUCAGGCCAAAACAUGCUAAAGAUAACACACCAGCACAUUGACUCUCUCUUUGAUAACUAAGCAAAUGGAAUUAUGGUUGACAGAGAGUUUAUAAUCCAGAAGACAACCACUUCUCUCCUUUUAGAAAGCAGCAGGAUUGACUUAUUGAGAAAUAAUACAGUGUGUUGGUUACAUGUGUAGUCUCUGGAGUUGGAUGGGCCCAUGCUCAUAUCCUGAUACAAGUUGAGCAUCCCUUGUCUGAAAUGCUUGGGACUAGAAAUGUUUCAGAUUUCAAUUUUUUUUCAGAUUUUGGAAUAUUUGCAUUAUAUUUAGUGGUUGAGUGUCCAAAUCCAAAAAUCCAAAAUUCAAAAUGCUCCAAUGAGCAUUUCCCUUGAGUUUCAUUCAUGUCGAUGCAGUGCUCAAAAUCUCAGAUUUUGGAGCAUUUUGGAUAUUGGAUUUUUGGAUUUGGGAUGCUCAACUUGUACAAUGUUUAUUAGACACAUCUCCUGGGACAUACUGCCUAACCUUUUGGAGCCUUAGUCUCCCAGACUGAAAAAGGAAGAGGAUGGUAUUACAUCAGCUCCAUUGUUUGAGCCAAGAAUCUAAGUCAACCCUGACUCCAGUGUCUUUGUCACCAGGCCCUUUGGACUCUACCUCAGAAAUAUUUCUUGGACCUUCCACUUCUCCUCCAACUCCUUGACCACCAUCCCAUAUCCAACCGUCACCACCUCUAACCUGAAUCCUACCUUAAGCUCAGAACAGUUCUCCUCACUUUUGUUCUUGUCCCUCUCCAACCCACUCGCCACAGGAUGGCCAGAGUAAUGUUUUUAAUAUAAAUUGGAUCCUUCAGUUUCCUGCUUAAAACCCUGCAGGUUUCCCAAUGCACUCAGAAAGAAAUCCAGUUUCCAUGGCCCUGGAUGGUCUGGCCCACCUCCAGGGUCAGCUAGCAUUACCCUUCUGACACUCUGUAUGUAGCCUCCCUGAUCUUCUUGCAGCUCCUCUAUUAAAGGAAAAGUUCUUUAUGUUAAUUAUUUACAUCUUCCUGCAGGCCCUUCCUCUGCCUGCUGGGGUCCUCCUAUUCUUUAGGUUUAAAUUUAAAUACGUCACCUCCUAAGAGAAACCUUCCCAGACCACUCUAUCUAAAAUGAAUCUUCUAGGCUGGGCAUGGUGGCUCACACCUGUAAUCCCAGUACUUUGGGAGGACAAGGGGGGAGAUCACUUGAGGUCAGGAGUUCAAGACCAGCCUGGCCAACUUGGUGAAACCCCGUCUUUACUAAAAAUACAAAAAAAUUAGCCAGGCAUGGUGGUGCACCCCUAAAAUCCCAGCUACUUGAGAGACUGAGGCAGGAGAAUCGCUUGAACCCAGGAAGCAGAGGUUCCAGUGAGCUGAAAUCAUGCCAAUGUAUUUCAGUCUGGGUGACAGAGUGAGACUCUGUCUCAAAAAAUAAAUAAAUAAAAUAAAAUGAAAUCGA